GGCGUUUGGUCCUAAUCAGGCAUCAAAUACAUUAAUACUGUACUAUCUAUCCCAAAAUAAAAAUUUGGAGUUAUUACAUUAUUUUAAUCCAAUUUUCAUAAUUAUUAUUUUGGGAUGGUUGGAGUGAUAAGCGGCGCACACUCUUUCCCCAUCUUUUUCCAUUCGAAAGACAAAAGGAGGAAUUACAAACAAUUCAGUGGGGGCUGAGAUAGGAUGAGGUUCCACCAGUUUCUGGGCAAAACUGCAAAUUCUAAUUCAGGUUGCUGUCCAUUGUCCCAAGUGAAGACGCAAUAAGUCACACUACAAUAACUCCUCAGUUAUCCUGCCUUAUCCGUCAAGUAUUUAGGCCACAAAAUCCAUUGGUUCAGAAACAACCAUAUACUCCUCCAUCUAAAUGACAAAGUCUUGGCUUGCAUGGAAGUUUCUUAGCCUCAUGAAACAAUCCCCUCUCAUCCAUCCCAAGUCCCAACUACCCAAAAAAAAAAAAAACCAUAUUUACUUUUUGUUCUUUAUACCAAAAAGAUCAUGACAUCUGAUCAUCCAAUAAACCUUCAAUCCCAGGUUCUAACAAAAGAAUAAUCAUCAAUCACUCUGUUGUAACCUUAGUCAGUUCAUGCAAAAUUCCUGUUGGUUCUUCUUGUUUCCUGUAAGUUCAAUCAGUCAUGGCAGCAGCAGAAUAUAAUACUUCUUCUGCUGGCGGAAGAAAUUCUUCUAAUACUCAUAUAUUGGAAGAGCUUGAAGCAUUGAGCCAGUCUCUCUACCAUUCCCACACUACUACGAGUUCCAUUGGCGCUUUGACCACAAAUCGUCGAACUGCCUCCCUUGUUCUCCCCAGAACUUCGAUUCCUCCACUCUCUUCUGUCAAUGAUGGCGUGGCAGUUGCUAGUGAGGGUAAGCAACUCAAUCCUAAGCCUCGAUCAAGGCGAAUGUCGCUUUCCCCGUGGAGAUCUCGUCCUUCCAGCACGACUCAGGAUGAAGAUAAUGAUACGGUUCUCAGAAAGGAUAAUCAAGUCAAGAAGUCACUGCAAGAUGCAAAAGUAUCAGCUGAUGAGAAGAAAGGUGGGAUUUGGAACUGGAAGCCGAUUCGCGCACUUGCGCACAUUGGCAUGCAGAAGCUCAGCUGUUUGUUCUCCGUGGAAGUUGUCACGGUGCAAGGCCUCCCGGCUUCCAUGAAUGGUCUUCGCCUUUCUGUUUGUGUUAGGAAGAAGGAAUCGAAGGAUGGCGCCGUGCAAACGAUGCCAUCAAGGGUUCAACAGGGAGCCGCUGAUUUUGAAGAGACCUUGUUCAUAAGAUGCCAUGUGUAUUACACCCCUGCGAGUGGAACACAGCUAAUGAAAUUUGAACCCCGACCUUUCCUGGUUUAUGUAUUUGCAGUUGAUGCCAUGGAACUUGAUUUUGGAAGAAGUUCUGUGGACGUAAGUCAGAUGAUUCAGGAGUCCAUAGAGAAGAGCCACGAAGGAGCAAGGGUCAGGCAGUGGGACACCAGCUUCAAUCUCUCUGGAAAAGCCAAGGGAGGGGAGCUUGUUCUCAAAUUGGGAUUUCAGAUUAUGGAGAAAGAUGGUGGUGUUGGAAUCUAUACUCAGGCAGAGGGACAAAAGUCUGCGAAAGCAGGGAAAUUGGCGACUUCUUCAAUGGGCCGUAAACAGUCAAAAUUUUCCUUCAGUGUCCCCAGCCCUAGGUUGUCCAGCAGAGCUGAAGCUUGGACUCCUUCACAGACAGGAGGAAAGACUGAUCUUCAAGACAUUGAUGACUUGAAUCUUGAUGAUGAUGAACCUCCUCUACCACCAGUACAACCACAGCCACCCCAGAAGUCCCAAGUUCCGGAUGCAAAGUUGGAGGAUGAUCUCCCAGAUUUUGAAGUUGAGGACAAAGGAGUGGAGAUUCAAGUAAGUGAUAAAACUAUAGAAGAGGAAAAAGGAGAAGAAUCAUCUGAAGAGAACUUGGAGAAGAAGUCGGUCUCAAGUGAGGUUGUCAAGGAAAUCGUGCAUGAACAAGUCCACCUUACGAGACUGACAGAGCUCGAUUCAAUUGCUCAACAGAUAAAAGCUCUUGAGUCACUGAUGAGAGAAGAAAAAUCAGAUACACAUGACGACGAAAGUGAAUCGCAGAAGCUAGACGCUGACGAAGAAACUGUAACAAGAGAGUUUCUCCAACUGCUGGAGGAUUCAGAAAGAAAUGAGUUCAAGCUGGAGAGCCAUGAUGACAUGCCUCAACUCAAGUUGGAAGGAGAAGAGAACCACCAAGAAGCUGAAACUAACGCCGUAUACAUACCGGAUCUUGGAAAGGGGUUAGGCUGUGUAGUUCAGACAAGAAAUGGGGGCUACUUGGCAGCCCUAAAUCCUUUAGAUACUGAAAUAUCCAGAAAAGAAACUCCAAAGCUGGCGAUGCAAAUCUCCAGGCCAAUGAUUCUUCAAUCCAAAGCGACAAAUGGAUUUGAUCAGUUUCAGAGAAUGGCAGCUCUCGGCCUGGAAGGACUAGGUUCUGAAAUUCUGUCUUUGAUGCCUCUGGAGGAACUCAAGGGUAAAACUGCAGAACAGAUAGCAUUUGAAGGCAUUGCUUCAGCGAUAAUCCAAGGAAGAAAUAAAGAAGGAGCAAACUCGAGUGCUGCUCGUUCUAUUGCUUCGGUUAAAGCCAUGGUAACUGCAAUGAACACCGGAAGGAAGGAAAGGAUUUCAACAGGGAUAUGGAAUUUGACUGAAGAUCCGCUUACAGUGGUUGAGGUGCUGGCAUCCUCAAUGCAGAAGCUAGAGGCAAUGGCAGUUGAAGCACUUAAGAUUCAGGCAGAUAUAGCUGAAGAAGAAGCCCCAUUUGAUGUAUCCCCACUUCUAAUAAAAGGGCAAGAAAAUACUCACCUUCUGGCUUCUGCAAUUCCAAUAGAAGAAUGGAUAAACGGUAAGGCCCUGAAAAGCUCAACUGAUGAUGACGAUGGCGAUUCAGCAGGUAUUACAAUUUCAGUCGUUGUCCAACUACGUGAUCCCCAGAGGCAAUAUGAGGCAGUCGGAAGUCCUAUGAUAGCACUAAUCUACGCAAGCUGUGUUGACAUUAAACCAGGCAAAUACGAAGAGGAAAAGCUGUUCAAAGUGGCAAGUCUGCAUGUUGGAGGUAUCAAAGCACGGGAUGAUGGAGAGAAGAAGAAAAAUCAGUGGGACAGCCAGAAGCAACGGCUGACUGCCAUGCAGUGGCUAGUUGCCUAUGGACUUGGAAAGGCAGGAAAAAGGGGAAAGCGUAGGGUUUCCAUUACACAGGACUUCUUGUGGAGCAUUUCCUCCCGAGUAAUGGCUGAUAUGUGGCUCAAGGCAAUAAGAAAUCCUGAUGUCAAAUUCACCAAGUAAAAGGCACAAAAAAAACAAAAGAGCCAAAUUUUACCUUCUCAUAUAGUAGUGUAUCUCUUAAAGAUCAUCAUAUAGUAGUACUAUGCUUUGUUAAUGUACUCCAUAGUUCUAGCCAUUAGGGGAAGAGAUUUGUAAAUUAAGUGAAACGACGAGGAAUGAAUAAAAUUGGAGACCGGCAGAUUACUAGUUGGUAACUUCAUGGCCUUCAAAGAAACAGUGCAGCUUCAGCUUUCCAAUAGUUUUAAGGACAAUCAAACAUCAUAGAGUUCUAGGAUACAGAAUGUCAAGCUCUUCCAUCAUUUUUCGGCAUAGAACUCCACUAAGUUACUG